GUGCAGACAGUACACUUAGGAUGCGUUCGGAGAGCACGCUACUAACGCUACCGCGUUCUUCUAUCUUUAUUGUUCCUUAGAUGUACAACAAAGAUAUUUUAGUGCUGAAUAGAGCUAAUAGCGAGCUUCCCGAACUCACCUUUAGUCGGUGCAACUACACGACAGCGCACGAACAUUUUCAAGGCAGAAUUUAAAGAUGGCCGUCGGCUCAAUGGCAUAAAAGAAUCGUCGACGUAGUGUGGGCGUAAAAAACAGUAAUCGCUUCAGUGCUUUAAAUCAUUCAAGGGGAGUAUCCAAUCGGACUCCUGUUUAACACGAACGUGUGCUUCUUCGUAAGUCGCAAUUGAGCCCAGUGAGAAAACGGUUAAGCUCAGCAGGAUGGGCCGCUCGCGAUCGAGGACGAAAUCACCGAACAGACGGCGACACAAGAGCAAACAUUCUCGUAAACGAUCAAAAUCGCGCGAAAAGCAUUCCAACAACAAAUAUUCAGACAAACCCAAGGAACGCAGCUCCAAAUCCAGAAAGCGAUCCCAUUCUGCAUCAUCUAGUAGUGGCUCAGAUGUAUCGGAUGAUGUGCAUAUUGUCAGUCAUAAGAAACGUUCGUACAGGGACAGGGAUCGAAAGAUGGACGAGGUAGAGAGACUAGCAGAAAUGGAGCGGCAAAGGAAAAAGAAAGAAUUAAUGAACAAAAUCUUCACCACGAGCACAAUUGGACGUCAGCGUGAGGUGGAACAGAAGAUGGUAGAAGAAGAAGCGGCCAAACGAAUAGAAGAGCUUGUGCAAAAGAGGGUGGAAGAGGAGCUUGAGAAACGUAAGGAAGAGAUUGAGGCCGAGGUGCAGAGGCGGGUGGAGGAGGCGAAAAGGGCCAUGGAGCGUCAAAUGAUGGAGGAAAUGGAGUGGAGACAAGCAAAACUACGUGAGGAGGAGAAACGAAGAGAGGAGGAAGAGCGGAAGAAGCGUGAGGAACUAGAGAGGAUUAUGGAGGAGAACAACAGAAAGAUUGAGGAGGCUCAGAAGAAAUUGGCUGAAGAGAGAUUGGCUAUGGUCGAAGAACAACGAUUAAUGGAGGAAGAGAGGCAGAGAAUGAGGAAAGAGCACGAGAAACGUGCCAAGGAAGAGCAGAAGAAGAUCCUAGGCAAGAACAACUCAAGGCCUAAAUUAUGCUUUACGCUAAAGUCAGCUACGUGAGUCCGUAUUAUUUCGUGCAGUUUUAUAUGUGAUAUAUAUGUACACAAUCUUGUUAGCUUUCAUACAUGAUCCAUAAUAACAUCCGCCGAAAACGGUACACAUGUAGGUGCAUAAGCGAGUACAGUAACGUAAGAUCCAAAGCUCACCUUAAUGUAUUCAGAACGGCUGUCGAAAUCGCAAAAGGCGACAUUGUAUUUCGUUUAAUCGUAAGCCGAUGAUGGACGCGUUCGAGUCGAGUGACCAAUUCUCUUCUCGUGAGAUUUCAACACAAAUGCAAAUGGAAUUUCACUUUGCGCGAGAUUACACUCAUAUCAGAACGAACAAAUAUAAAAUAUUUAGUAUGUAUAUCUUAGUAUGCGAGUAUGACUGUCUUUUUAUUUUAGUGUAUAGUCAAUUAGCUUCGACACGUGAAAUUUAAAGUUUCUAAUCGAUUUAUUUGUUCUGUCUAAUGUGAGUGUAUUCUACUUGAAUGUGUUUUACGACACAUAUGCAAUCUGUAUAUUGUAGGUCUUAUAUUAUCUUAAUGUACAAAGGGCAUAAUGAUUUUGUUUCAGUGAGUGAUAAAUCACUUGUAAUUAAUUACGUUAUACAUGAAAAUUCAUUGAUAAUAGAAUAUAACUUCUAAUGUCGAGUCGUUAGAUUGACUGAAUAUAACUUUACAUUGAGCGCUGAAUACGAUACACGACGAUUGUUUCCUUUUUCCAAGGUUGGUGUGUACGGCCAUCUGUAAAAUCUAACACUAUUUUAAUAGUGAAGUGGCAAAUUUUUAUGGCAAUGUUAAUUGCCGAACAUCUUACAAUGGCAUCGUUUCAUUACAUACAUAAUCACAUUUUUAGAAUCUAAUGCGAAAUACUGAUGCAGAAUGUAUUCUGCCAAAUAAUAACGAUGGUGAUAGCAUUUUUUAAAUCAAAAGUAAAACACAAAAGAAACAGAGAAUAUAUAGCUAUAGGAAUAAUUAUGAAAGAGUAGAGAAAUUUAUACGUAAAUAACGUAUGAAUGAGGGUAUGGCAUCAUCCUAUAUGUAGACAUACUAUAACCAUAUGUACACAUAUUGUUUUUUGUGAAAAAGAAAAUUUCAGUUUAUGUGAAAUUGUA